CGUGACGUCAGGACGUGUUGACGCAGCCUGGCUGUGCCUGAGCUCCUCUCACUGUAAUUUACUUCUGACUGGAUUUGGAAGAUUCUGACCCGCGGUGUGAAUGACAGUCGGCGCGGGACAGAGACACCUUUCAUGCAGCGGGACCCUUCGAACAAUCGACUCCAUGGAGGUCGUGGACAGUUCGCUCAACCUCGCUCAUCAGCAGUGCAGAAAGGCAGACCGUUUGGUAUCGGCAGGAAAGUAUGAGGAGGCUAUAUCCUGCCAUGGAAAAGCAGCAGAUCAUUUAACAGAUGCAAUGAAGACAACAGAGUGUGAGCAGGCUCAUCUGUCCAUGGAGCUUCAGAGGGACAGUCAUAUCAAACAGCAGCGACUGAUCCAAGAGCGCUGGAAGAGAGAAGCUCGCCGUGAGGCAACGAAGGCCCGAACAGGCCUGGUGCAGCCCUCCAGCAGCUCUGCCCUUCAUGCCCAAGCCCAGCCUGCAGGCCAGCCCCAAGGCUCCGAAGGUCUUUCAGCUGCAGAGUGUGAAGGAAUCAGGGAUCGGGAGUAUGACACCUUACUCUACCAGCUUCAGACUCGGCAGACUGGGGGCUGCCAGCCUUUGACUCCACUGUGCCCUGGCUCUAAGACCACUAAAGAUGACAAAACUCGCCUGGAAGAACAACAGACCACCAUCAAGGACUUGCGGCGCGUGGUCGAACACGUGAUGGAUGAAAACCAACGCCUGGUGGCCGAGAACGGUCGGCUGCGAUCAGAAAAUACCCGGCUGAGCUCCGAGGCAGCGGACUUUGUGGAGCGCUCCGAGCUCUGGGUGCUCCCGCAUGCGGGCGGUGCUAUGGGAACAGGGGGUGGGCAGGAGAGGAAAAGCACAGGGAAGGGGAAGGAGAUUGCAAUCCCCCAGCUGCCACCGCUGGAGAUGCCUGCUCAGGAAGACCUGUGUCUGGAUGACCUGCCUCCACUGGAGCUGCCAGAGGACAUCCAGAAUGAACUGCAGGAGCUACUGGAUAGAGAUAAACUGUGAUGACACACACACACACAGUUAUUAUCACAAGGGUUCAAUCACUAUGACUUUGGACUUCAGAUGCCAUGUGUUUGACAUGAGAAUCAUGAUCAGACCUCUGCCGAGUGCUGAGAGGAAUCAGGCACAUGGAGUUGUUCCACUAAUACAACUCAGUCAAAAGUAAAGGCUUAGUUCACCCACAGAGUCAGUUGAAACAUCAGUGAGGUUGUGAGUCCGUAAGGCGUCCAGUGAUCUGAAGAUGUCAGGAACAUGUUUUUCAGAUUGCAUGUGAAAGGUCAUUCUUGGCUUUAAAAAUGUAAUUUGACAAAAUAAAUCUCAAUUAAUGAAA